AUGAAGCCUGUGGGCCCCGAUAUGCUCCGGAUACCUUCCUUGGUGCCCACCCCCAAACCAGCACAUCGACUUAAGACACAGCGGAGGAAGGUGGCGGAGAACAGCAAGAACUCUGGUGCCCCAAGAGGGCUGGAGAUGGGAAUGAGAUUUCAGAAAGGCUGCAAGGGGCCACGCACCAGCUUAGCACCUCAGACUGUGAGGAAGUUACUGGAGCAAAGACGACAACAGCAAGCUGCUCUGAGCCACAGCACAGGAACACUGAUCCCUUCAGGAACUUUAGAAGCCAACUGGCCAGAGCCCCAUGGAACAAUAGAAAAGGGGGGAUCUACUCCAGGACAGACAACAUCUCCUCAGUAUCCAGUUACCGCCUUUCCUGGCUGGCCACCGGAUGCCUCAAGCCAAGGAGCCUUCUCUCCAGAUUUUCACUACCCUUGUGUGGACACUGCCAUUGAUUACCAGCUCCAGCCUCAGGGGAGCCAGUACGAUGUGAUUAGCCCCUGUUCUACCUUGGAAACCAAUAUUUAUGGAGCAUCAGGUCCUGGAGGCCCUGAGGAAGUGUAUCCUUCCAAGAUAACAUCAGCAGUAAAUUAUGAGAAGGCUGCCACUGAAGCCCAAGCUGUCCACCUUUAUCCAAGCUCUGAGAACACCUGGCUGGAACAGGAACCAAACAAUGCCUGUCUCCUCCUUCCUGGGAGUUAUCCAGACUUAUCUGUGGAUGUAGAUCCAGGGGAACUGACUCAAGCUCGGGCACAGAUCCAGAAUAUAGAGUUAUCUCACCUUUUACAGCAGGAUGAAGACGGCGACAUGCUCCUCCAUCUCUUUGUGGCUCAAGGACUCCGCCCACUGGCAUAUGCUGCAGCUGAAAUGCUCCGAGAUUGUGGACAGCUGGAUGUCAAAGAACACAGGGGGAAGACUCCAUUGUUAGUGGCGGCUGCAGCCAAUCAACCUAAAAUUGUGAAGGACCUGAUCUUGCUGGGAGCAGAUGUCAAUGCCAUGGACCAAAAGGGGCAGACUGUGUUGCACCUUGGUGCCACCUAUGGGCUUCCCAGUGUCAUUGAGGCUGUCAUGAUGACCGGUGCUCCUGUCAAUGUGGAAGCCAGAAAUUUUGAAGGCCUCACUCCUUUGCACUGUGCCGUCAUUGCUCACAAUGGUGCCUUCCAGACACAAAACAUGGAGCCAUUGUCCCAACACCACCUGCAGAACUUACUACUCUGUGUGCAACGGCUUUUGCAACUUGGAGCUGAUUACAAGAGCCAGGACUUGAAGAGCAGUAAAACCAUCCUGCAUUUCGCUGUUCAAGCCGCAAACCUGCCUUUGGUCCAGUUCCUCCUCAAACUGCCUGGACAAGAACGUCAGAAUUUUGUAAACAUCAAGGCCCAUGGCAAUACAGCUCUGCACAUGGCUGCUGGUCUACACGGCCACCCCUAUCAAGAACAAAUUGUCCGCCUCUUACUAGACCACUGGGCCGAUCCCAGUGCCCGAAACCCAGAGAAUGAGCAGCCAGUUCACCUGUUGACUUCAGGACCAGCAGCUGAGCAGCUGCGUCUUCUGUUACGGAGCCGUCGUUCAGGCCCUGGGUUGGUGUACCCCCAUCCUUCACCUGACAGCUGUUCAUGGUAGAAUCCUCCUGGAUAGAGGGAGACCAAACUGCCUCUUUCUCUCCCUUGAAGAGUGAGGAAGCAUGAAUGUCUUUCUUUCUUCUGCUUUUGGUUCUCCCCACCCCCCAUGGAAUCCUUGUCUUCUGCUUGGUAUAUUUAAUUUAAAUUAUUGGAUGAGAAUUUGGACACCAGGCUGAAUCUUGGUGCAUCUACUCCUAGUAGAUGGUGGUGCCAUGAGUCAGUUGCAGAGAUGACCCACAGCAACCUUGUCCCAUCAGUGCUGGGUUUAUCUCCUCCAUCAUCACUGCUUCCACCACAGUGGAAGCAGUGAUCCCAGAUGCAAACGCACACCACACAAUCUCAUGAGGUUCCAUGUCAUCAGCAAGAAAAGGGCUGAGCAUCUGGAUCAGCCUUCUCCAACCUGGCACCCUCUGGGCUGUUCCUAGUUGGAGUCCAUCACACCGCAUAUUUGAAGGAAAGCCAAUCUGAAUUCUCGCACUCAGCUACCUUCCUAAUUUGGUCCUCUUGACAUUCUGUAUAAUUAGGAACCCUCCUUAUUCCUUCUCUGCUGCACUUUAAUCAUUUCUAUGAAAUGGACUUUAACUUGAACCAUAUUGGUUCGUAGAACACUUGAAUCGUUUUUAUUAUUAUUAUUUUAUUAUUAUUAUUGAAUCAUAUUGGUUUGUUGAACCUCUGAACUUUUUUUUUACUUGAACCACAUUGGUUCACUUGAAUACUUGGAUCAUAUAAAGUGGGUCCAGCUUGAUCAUUAUUUAAGGCAAAACUGACAAUGCAAUC